GCCACUCUCUACCUCGACGCACGUUGCCUCCUUCGCACUCAACCUUCUUUUAAAAACUGAGCCAACCUGUUGAGCAUAAGUGAAAAGGGGUGUUGGCAACACAGAUUCAGUUAGUAGAGAAUAGGCAGGUCUUGUAUGACAGUCGGUUGAAUCUCCCUACUUUCCUCGUGCCCUUUAGAGGUUGUCUCUGUUCAAUCAUGGCAAAGAUCGCUGCCCUGGUCCUGGUCACCUUUUUGUCCCUUGUUUCUGCUGAGGAAAAGCCAGAAGAAGAUGACCCCUUCACUUUUGAUUACCACCGGCUUCGCGUGGGGGGUCUAAUCCUGGCCGCCGUGCUGUGUCUGAUUGGCAUCACUAUUCUCAUGAGCGGGCACUGCAGGUGCAAGUUCAACCAGGACAAAAGGAGGAGAACAGGAAACAACGCUGGUCAGCCGAUGCUCAACGAUGCAGCACGGGCCAGUGAAUGCUAAGAGCCAAUCGGAGCACCACAAGGGCACUGACACAAUCUCCAAUGAUAACUGACUAAAAGGACAGAGGUGUGGCUUAGGACACAGAAGGGAAUGGCUUCUUCUUUGCAUUGGCUAAUGCUGGAAAGAUGCUGAUUGGUUAAUGCAUGGAGGGAAAGGGAAGAGGAACAUUUAGCAGAGACGCAACCAUCGUACAGGCACUGUCCAGGACUCGCGCUGUAAACUACGUGGGAACAGGAGCACAAGUCAUCCUUUUUAAAGCUGCAAUCUCUUUAUUUGCGCUUUUAUUUUAUUUAGACUGACACGCAUUCAGAGAGGUUUCUGGACCACUUUGUCUAUUGAUUUCAGUAUAUAUUUUUUAUUGGUUUUCUUUUUUAUUUUUAUUUUUAUUUUUUCUGUUUCAAAAUCAAGAUGCUAUGGCACCAGUGUACGGUCAACUUGUCAGUCCAUUUAUGAACGUGUAUAAGUGCAUUAUGCCUUUGCCCUUUAUUGUAGAACAGCUGCAAGUAAUCCAUUUGUCAAUGCUUCAGUAGUUGAAUAAUUGGCUAAAGUAAUCCUUUUUUCAGUAAACAUGUUGUAUCUGUAAUUAAUAAAUGGUUUUAAAUCAUGAGUGUUAUUGCCCCCCAUUAAUUCUUUAUACACGUAAUGUUGGAAUGGAAGCUGAAGGUAUAGAAAUGUUGAAUUUCCCCCCCCCCCCCCCCCCCCACACACACACCCUUUAUUGCAAUAAUGAGGUUAUAUUACUGGAAAGGUACUAUUAGAUAUUGUAUUAAUAUUGUCACCUGUUGUUUGUGAUGCCUUAAUCACCAAUACAAACAAGGCAAGAAAAAUGUUCCCAAGUAAAAACCCAUUUGCUGUAGAAAAUAAAUGUAUGUACUCACAAGA